AUGGAUAUUGUUGGUUGUAACUUCUACCCGGUGGGAGAAUAUCUGAGGUUCGUGCGGAUACCAGAGAACCUACAAGUUGGAGAUGAAGUCCUCAGAGUGGAAGUGCAUCCAAGAAAGAACCUGAGCCUACAGCCAGUAGACCGAGAAGAAGAUGCUCAUUUGUUCACCUACCGGGAUGUGAAUCGCACACACGUGUCAGUGGUGUUAGCACAGAGUGUGGAUGACCUGGUCGACAGUGACUCGCCUCAGAACGUCGUCAAGUUUCGACUGGGCUGUGACUUCGAUGCUGGGGAUGAUUUGAUAUCAGCGUAUCUAUCAGUGACGGUGUACAUAGAAGACGUGAACGACAACGUGCCCAAGUUCCUCGACACACCGUACCAUGUGGCUGUGGAUGAGUUGACGCCAACAGGUCUCACAAUAUUUAAGGGCAUCCACGCGUUCGACCGCGACAAGCCCAACACUCCGAACUCUGACGUCCAGUACAGCAUCAUCUCAGGAGAUGCGGAGGGGCACUUCGUUCUGGAGAGCUCUCACAAACCUGUACUGGUGCUGAAGAAGCCGCUGGACUAUGAUGCUGGGGAUAAGGAGUUUUCUUUAGUUGUUACUGCUUCGGAUCGUGGUUCUCCACCUCGCAGUUCCAACGCGACAGUACACAUAGUGGUGCAGGACAAUGAUGACCUGCCUCCCAAGUUUACUGCAGACAUCUACAAAACACAAAUACCAGAGUUCUAUCCGUUGCUUGGCAAGAAAAUCCACAAGGAACUGGUAUUCUCGGAACCAAUCAAGGCGUUUGAUCAGGAUCUUGGAGUAAACGCAGCUCUAAGGUAUGAGCUGGUGGCCGGCAACGAGAGGAAACUGUUCUCUUUGGAAUCUCGUAAUGGCACUUUAUUCCUUGAGAAAGAAAUCGAUUUAGACGCCGAAGCUAAUUUGCCAGGAAACACGUUCGUGCUUCAAGUCCAGGCAUCACAAUUAGAUAAUCCACUGAAAACAGCUCAAGCGAGGGUUGAACUGGAAGUGCUGGACAUGAACGACAAUCUGCCGGAGUUUGAGGUGGAUUUCUACAACAUCAGUAUCGUGGAGAAUUUACCUAAUGGGUUCAGCGUUCUUCAAGUGAUGGCAACAGAUAAAGAUCAGGGAGAUAAUGGCGAGUUCACAUACCAAUUAAAGGAUCCAGAAGGUGCUUUCACUAUUGACCCAAGAACCGGCUGGCUGACUGUUAGGAAUCAGACUGUCCUUGACAGAGAAGAACAUUCUUCUCUCAGGAUGAAAGUAUACGCAAAAGAAAAGAACCCAAGCGUCGUUGGAACCUUCUUGGACAAAAACCGUAUUUCAAAAUGGCGAAGAACUCCCACCACUCAAAGAACACCACAGAAAGACAGAACUACAUACAUCUUCCCAGAUAAGUUAGGAACUAAGAAUGAAAACAUGGAAUAUGUUGACGAACAACUCAUGUCUUAUGUAAACGUUGAAGUCACACUACUAGAUGCUAAUGAUAACAACCCAGUUUUUGUACCAAGUAAUCUAUACGAAUUUACAAUUAAAUCCAAUGCCAAAAUUGGUACAUCUAUUGGUAAAGUUAAAGCUGUAGAUCCUGACUUAGGAAGAAAUGGAAUGGUAUUGUAUGAUUUGCAAAGAACAAGUAACUUGACUAUAACAUCGCCUUUCCAAAUUGAUGCUAAGACUGGAGCCGUGAGUGUCGCUGAGACUCCGAUAGUUGAAGGCAGGCAUGCUUUGUUUAUUGAAGCUUCUGAUCAACCAGCUAAUCCUAGUGAGAGAAGAUACUCAUUAGCUGUUGUUACUAUCGAUGUCACAAGUGCUACUAAAGGUUCAAAAUCAGAUAAGCCAGAUUUUAUAGGUGCGCCAUACGAGUUUUGGGUUGGAGCAAAUGUCGGUAUUGGAACAAGCGUUGGACAAAUUCGUAUUAACGAUGCUAUGGACAAGAGCGACGUAUCUUAUGAUUUACUUCAUAGUUAUGAAGAAGGAGUGCCGUUUGCUGUAGAAGAAAGGUCAGGAGUAAUAACAGUAGUAGAUGAGCUAACUAAAUAUAAUAGGCCAAUGUAUGACUUCGAAGCGGUAGCAAUACAGGAAAGUGUAAACUUAAGUAUAACCACGAAUGCAACAGUUCAUGUGGUAGAUGUGAAUGAUGAAAGAGGCGUAUUGCUGAGGGGUGCACAUUCACCGCUGGUAUUCUAUGUAAAAGAAAACGUAGCUGGUGCAACUAUAGGUCAAAUAUUUCCCGUCAAUGUAACUUCAUUGCAACAGAAUAAUACUGGUAACAUAAGGUUCAUAAUCGCUAAUCAGCAAGAUGUUACUGAAGAUGUUGCGAUAGGACAAGACGGUACAAUAUUCGCUCAGAAACCUGUAGACAGAGAAAAAAGAGAAACCUACCGAAUGACUGUGAUUGCUGAAUUCUCUAAAGGUAUGAUAUCUGGAGCAGGCAUAUACCAAGUAACAAUACACGUUGAAGAUGAGAAUGAUAACCCACCGAUAUUUGAACUUCCAAUGUAUGAAGGUUUUAUUGCUGAAAAUUCACCUAAAGAUACCGAAGUUAAAAUGACAAACAAGAUAAUAGCUAAGGACGCUGAUAUGGGACCAAAUGCAGUGUUUAUGUACACUUUAUUUGGAGAGGGACGAGACAUGUUCCACGUACAUGAAAACACAGGAGAAGUGACUUUUGUAGGCAACAGAUUAGACAGAGAAGAAAAAAGCACUUAUGUACUAAAGAUUGUUGCAAGAGACAGGGGUGGAUUAAGCUCUGAAACUAAAAUAACAAUCAAUAUAUUGGAUGAAAAUGAUAAUGUUCCGAAAUUCAAUCAAAUUAUAAUACCUUUGGGUGAAAACAUUGAAUUCCUUGAGUCGGACGAAACGUCAUCUGUAAUAGUUUAUCGGGAACGAAAGAACAAUGCUACAACUGGAAUUUCGAAUUCUGAAGCUAAACCUAAAAGUAAGUUCGCAUUGAAGUCAGAAUCAACGGGUCCAUUGUUUACGGUACCAGAAAAUGUUGCUAUUGGGUCAACGAUAUUAAAACUUAAUGCAAUAGAUAUGGACAGUGGUGCCAAUGGCCAAGUUAGAUACGAGUUCGUUUCUGAAGUAUUUAUCCCACCACAUAGCAUGCCUUCUAAAGCAAUACAGAUGAAAAGAUAUUUUGUCAUAAAUGAACGACACGGCCAUAUCAUUGUUGCGAGGACGUUGCCACCAGAAGCUGAAUUCCGAUUAAACAUAUCAGCAUUAGAUGGCGGAGAUUUGAGCGAUCAUGUCUCGAUUAGAUUUUUCAUUAAAGAUAUCAAUGAUCACUUCCCGAUGUUCAAAAAAGCGUGGUACAGUUUCAAUGUGGAGGAAGCCCAAUAUACUAGAAAAGUACUGGGUAAAGUUGAUGCCACUGAUGCCGAUUUUGGACAAAACGCCAACUUAACCUACCUCAUAGACCCUAAACCUAAGAACUUGCCAUUUGAAAUAUCUCCGUUGACAGGCGUUUUUAGUGUUAAUGGAGAACUAGAUAGGGAAAAGGAAGACAAAUACAUAAUCACAGUAGUUGCACAAGAUAAUGGUUAUGAUAAGAAACUUUCAUCUUCAGUCAGUGUUGAGGUACAGGUUUUAGACGUUAAUGACAACGCACCUAAAUUCUUUGCAUACGAUGAGUUACUGCAGUGGAAACAUCCCGAAGCUGAUGAGAUUUCAAAUCAUAACUUUGAAUCAGUCAUGAUGAUGCCUGUUUAUAAAGCUACGCUCAAAGAAAAUGCCCCAAUCGGUACUAUCGUCACUAAAGUCUACGCAAAUGAUUCUGAUUUUAUUGGAAAUGGAAAUGGCCUCAUUCUAUACAGUCUGCCACAAAAGAAGAAUCAGCUAAACCUUUUUGCUAUUGACUCCAAAGAAGGUAUUAUUACAACAACGGGAAGACUCGACUAUGAAACUCAGACUGUUCAUAAUGUGACUAUUGUGGCUUCUGAUUUAGGAUCACCAAGUUUAAGUUCUACAGCUAUACUGAUGCUUACCGUAACUGAUGUUCCUGAUGAAGUAGAAAUUUCAGACAAACCAGUAUUUAUUUCACGAUAUUAUGAAUUAGAGAUUGAAGAAAAUGUUCAUACGCCCGUUGAAUUGGUCACAUUGAACUUGACUGAACAUUAUGAGAAUUUCAAAAUGAAAUAUUUCAUUCUAAAUGAAGACGAUGUAGACAUUAAGAAAACAUUUGCUAUUGAUCCAAGAAACGGUACUUUGUAUUUAGUAAAAAGUCCAGACAGAGAAGUGAAAGAUGUUUAUGAGAUUGUUGUAAGAGCUGAAAGACAGAAGAUAAGCAGAGAGUUACCGCACAUGAUUUAUCCUGUAGCUGACGAUGUGAUGGAAGGAUUAACCAAAUACGAUGUCAAGAUUAUUGUUAGGAUAAAGGAUGUAAAUGACAAUGCCCCGAAGUUUACUAAUGGUGGACGACCUUUAGUUACAGCUAUUCCUACUACAGCACCUUUUGGUUACCAAGUCAUACAGUUGAAGGCAACAGAUGCUGACAUCGGUGCCAAUGCAGAUAUUCGCUAUCAGAUCAUCAACGAGCAAGCACCGCGCUUCGCCAUCGACCCGGUGUCGGGCCGCGUGAGAGUAGUGUCUACUCUCGCUAGAGACGCUGGGAGAGUGUUCGGGUUCGAUGUCAAGGCUACUGAUAAGCGAGGAGCUGACGAUGGAAAGUCCGCAAUUGCUAAUGUUUUUGUGUACGUGUUAGACGAAAACAAACAACUGGUGCUGGUAGUAGGAGCAAAGCCGAUGGAUGUGGAGAAGAACAUAGAAAACAUCACGAGGUCACUGACAGUCAUGACGGGUUACGACAUCAGAAUCAGAAGAUUGGAGGCGCAUAACAAGGCUUCUAUGGAUGGAUAUGCAACUGACAUGUACAUUUACGGAGUGGAUCCUCUUUCAAACGCCAUCAUUGACAUGGAAGUACUCCAAAAGUCUCUUAUGAAACGUGAAGCAACCCUCCGUCACGACUUAGCUGGUUUCCGAGUGCUGGAAGUGGGUGACACGGCGAUGGUGCAGGCUCGCAGUGGCCGACUCCUGAGCACGAUGGAGAUCAGCGUGGUGGCGCUAGGGUGUAUUGUGUUCGUUGGCGCUUGUACUACGGCUGUGUGUAUUCUGUGUGUUAGGAGGAGUCGAAGACGUCACCAAAAACCAUAUUCCCAACAACGACUAAACGCUUUCUCAACUGAGCACCUAACCAAAUUCGGAGGCCUCUUCCCGUCUGGCGGCAACCAGUGCCAGGAGCUCAACCAGUCCUACAGCGAAGCCGACUCCUACAUCGACGUCAUCAACCAUACUGGGAAGAAGAUAUGUCCUCACGGGAACACCGUCGAAGAGUUCGGAAAGGCUCACCAGAAAUGUGUGAAGAAUCAGUUCGGGGAAGACAUGUUCAAUCAGAAGCAUGAGAGGAUGUGUAUCAAGUUUAAUCAGCGCCCGUUGCAAAAGAGGAAGGGGCAGGAUACUUCGAUAACGUCAGUGAAUUCCAGUGGACAAGACUCGGGCAUCGCGGAGGCAGCCAGGUGUCCAUGUGGCCAGUCCAGUCUACAUACUUCGGAGGAAAGCAGCGGUUACGAAGAUUCGCUGAAGUCGAACCGCAACCCCGACGGGCGAGGCAAGGCGUACCACUCGGACCACGAGGCACGGUUCAUGAGGCGUGCCUCCUUCACCCACCAGCCUCUCGACUCCAGGCAAUUCAACUACAGACGCCAGUCCUUCUCAGAAAACAUGCAAAGACACUUUCCUCCCUUUGAAAAGGUCAAUCCUGGUGGUCAAAUGACCAGACAGUUUUCAACCCCGAACGUGUCCAAUGUAGCCCAGCCAUACUUUUUGAGUGGAAAGAAAAGAUUAGAAGCUAGGAGAAAAGAGGUUGUGAGUGAGCCUAUGGUGGAUUAUGACCAUAGUGAGGGAGAAGAUGUUUUUGAUACAACUCACAGGAUGGAGAGGAGGGCCAGUGGGAAGAACCACAAGAGAGGGAAGUUCAUGGAGUUGGGAGGACAAGCUGCCGUGUUUGUGGCUACGCCUGCCGCAGCGGAGAUCAUGAGGAGGCAGGGCAGUGAGAGGCUCAUGUUCGCUAGACCGUUAUAGUAGACGCCAUUUUUAUAACUACUAGUUUUUGUGCUCCUCAGACUGUUUUUAUUUAUCUAGACUUUUCAAUCAGAGGUGCUCAAUUUGUAUGGACUGCAUGAGAUUAAAUUGUAAUGUAGCUUUGGUAUUUAACAAAUACUCACAUUGUAAAAAAAUACUCGUUUUUGAAUGUUUAUAUAGAUUUGGAAUUUAAUUUAAAUUGAGUGAUCAAAUUACAAUUGUUAACUUAUGAACUGUGCAAUUUGUAUUUAUAAAUAUAAAACUAAGUGUAUAUUGUAUGUAAAUAAUGUAGAGUUUAGACAAAUAUUGGACAUUUUAUAUUAAUUACUUGCCUUCAUCAGCUUUACAUUUGGUGUAUCCAAAGAAUUCAUAGAUUGAUAUUAAGUGCCAUUUGGAUAAUGUCUCUACAUUUGUAGAGUUCUGUAAAUGUAGAGUUUGUUAAUAUCUGUUAAGAUUAAUGUUUAACCACCUAAUUAUGAUGUUUUGUGUUGCGAAAGUGACGUGACGAUUGUAGUUUUUUGUAAAUACCUUUUAGAGAUUAAGGAAUAAAUAAGUUACAUAUAAA